CUUUCUCUCUCUCUCUCUCUCCCUCUCCAAUUGAGAUUCUCAAUCCACAACAACGAUACUCCCAACUCCAAUUACUUCCCUCUUACAUCCUAAUUCACCACUAUGGCCGAUCUCCUCGCCUACCUCCCCCCCUUCGAGGGUCUUCUCCCCAAGUGGCUCUUCCUGGUCUCCGUCAUCUCCUCCGCAAACAGCAUCCAGGCCUACCGCUCCGACGCCUACUCCGCCGAGCUCUACAACGGCCGCUCCAAGCCCGACAACCACCCCUUCACGAACCCGCUGUCGUCGCGCACCUUCGCCACCUGGACCUUCCUGUCCGGCGUGAUCCGCAUGUACGCCGCCUACAACAUCACCAACUCCGUGUCGUACGAUCUGGCCGCGUGGUCGUUUGGGAUCGCGCUGUUCCAUUUCCUGGGCGAGUGGGUGAGCGGGACGGCGCAGCUGAAGGGUCGCUUCGUUAGUCCGAUGAUUGUGGCGUCGUCGACGCUGACGUGGAUGGUGACGCAGCGGGGGUGGUAUUUGGCUUAGUUGGUUUGGGGGUAUUGUGUGUUGUGUUUCUUGCUUAUUCCUUGUUGAAUGGCUACGUAUCUCUGGGCGGAGAAGAUAUACAAUGAAGAGAAAAGGUUGGUAUAAUCAGAUACAAGUUCUCUCCCUUCUCGCGUCAACAGACGACGCCGCAAUCCAUCAGUGGUUCAUCUUCUUGC